AUGACAAGAUUGAAGAAGAAGGAGAAGAAUGAGGAGAAUGUUGAGGUGAUGGAGGAAGACAAGGAUGAUGAAGACAAGGAUGACAAGGAUGAAGAUCUGUUAGAGGAGAAGGAUAAGGAUCUGGUGAAUAAGGAAGAUGUGGAGAAGGUGAAUACGUUGAAGGAGAAGGAUGAUGAUCUAGUGAAUAAAGAAGAUGUGGAGAAGGUGAAUGUGUUGGAGGAGAAAGAUGAGGAUCUGGUGAAUGACGAAGAUUUGGAGAAGGUGAAUGUGUUGGAGGAGAAGGAUGAGGAUCUGGUGAAUGGGGAAGAUUUAGAGAAGGUGAAUGUGUUGAUUGAGGAUAUAGUGAAGAAGAUUAAUGAUGUGGAGAAGGUGAAUGAGAAUAUUAAGGAAGAUGUGGUGAAUGAGAAGAUUAACGAAAAAAAGGAUGUGGAUCUAUUUGUGGAUAAGGAUGAGAUUGAGAAUCUAGUGAAAAAGAUUGAUGAUGUGGAGAAGGUGAAUGAUAAGGUAGAGAAAGAUGUGGUGAAUGAGAAGGUGGAGGAAGAUGUGGUGAAUGAGAAGGCGGAUGAAGAUAUGGUGAAUGAGAAGAUUGAGGAGAAUCUAGAGAAGGAUGUGGAUCUAGAGAAGGAUGAGGAUCUAGAGAAGGAUAUUGACAAGAUUGAGGAUCUGGUGGUGGAGAAGGUGAAGGAUGUGAUGUUAAAGGAUGAGGAUCUAGAGAAGGAUGAUGUAUGUACAAUUCACAUUCACGCCUUUUGUAUUGGUUAUCAAUUAUCCCAGUUUAAAAACCAAUUCAAGAGAUACAAUUAA